AAGCAAGAGAAUAGUGUGGCCAGUGUUUACGGUGCACCACCCCGCCACCAGGGGGGAGGGGCAUCUACAACCCCUCUCUCACCACAUACAGCCAACUCUCGCAUUUUAACCUCUCAUACAGGUUCUAGUGUGGUACAGACCACAUUCUCACCAUUGAAGGGAGCAUCUGGUGGGGGAGACAGGGAGGUGAUGCCAAGCAGUGUUCAGUUUCCAGUGCAGUCCAGUUACAGUGCAGCCAUGCCUGGAGCUACCACCACCACUGCAGUCAAGGCUCCCAGCAGUGGGCUUCAAGGGGGUUCCCCUAGUGUUGGCAGUUUGCAGUCUCAGGCCCAUCAGCAACAUACACUGCAUCAGGCCCAGGCACACCAGAAUUUGCGCCACAAAGUACUUGGAGUUGGAACUGUGGCGGCGGCAGCAGCAGCAGCAGCAGCAGCACCAUCAGCAUCUUCUAUGUCUGUGUCAGCCACCUCUGCAGGGGCUGGGCAACAGCAGUUUCAGAGGUUGAAGGUGGAAGAUGCACUGUCCUAUUUGGAUCAGGUGAAAUACAAGUUUGGCAAUCAGCCACAGGUGUACAAUGACUUCCUGGACAUUAUGAAGGAAUUCAAGAGUCAGAGUAUUGACACACCAGGAGUUAUACAACGGGUGUCUAACUUAUUCAAGGGUCACCCAGAGCUUAUUGUUGGUUUCAACACUUUCCUGCCACCUGGCUACAAGAUUGAGGUGCAAGCCAAUGACCAGGGCUAUGCAUUCCAGGUAUCGGUGUCUAUGCCAAGCCCAACAGCUGCUACUACGACAUUGGUGCAUACGCCAGUCUCCAUAACGCCACAUCACUCAGUAAUCCCCACCACCUUAGGCUCAGCAGUAGGUAACACAGGACUUGGAGGGGUUCCUGUAUGUGGAACUGGAGGUGUGGGCUCCACACAGCAAGUUGGUAAUGCUGUGGGCUCCAUUCCUGGAGGUCCUACUUCCACAGCUCCUGGAAAACCAACUCUACCUUUGCACAGUGGUUCUUCAAGCCAUCUCUCAGGUUCAAGCCUGACAGGCUCAACAGGCUCCUCUCAUCAUGUGGUGUCCUCAGUCUCGUCUGGGACAUCUCCAUCCUCAGGAUCUGGAGCUGGAUCUUUGUCAGCAGUCUCAGGCGGGCAGCAGCAGCAGCAGCAGCAGCACCAUGGGUAUCCACCCACACCCAACAAUUCAACCAUCCAUCACAACAAUAACCACCACGGGCACAGUCACCAUAGCCAUGGUCCUGUUACACAAGUGCUGUCCCAGACCCAGGCAGCACACCAGGCUGUGUCACAGGCUUUGAGUCAUGCAGAGUCUGGUGCAGGUGGUGCUAUCCACCCCACACCUCAGAGCCAGCCAGUGGAGUUUAACCAUGCCAUUAACUAUGUCAAUAAAAUCAAGAACCGUUUCCAGGGUCAGCCUGAUAAGUACAAGCGUUUCCUCGAAAUCCUGCAUACAUAUCAAAAAGAGCAACGCAACUUGAAGGAGGGUUUAAGCACUCCAGGAAAACAUCUAACAGAAGCAGAAGUGUACUCCCAGGUUGCCAAGCUGUUUGAGAACCAGGAGGAUUUACUUGCAGAGUUUGGACAGUUCCUGCCAGAUGCAACCAGCCAUCAAGCAGCACUUAGCAACAAGGGUACCAGCAAUGAUCACUCGUCCAUUGCAAAGAAGCCUUCCAGUGGUCUGAAACCUGGCUACAACAACUCGUGUAGCAGUGGAGCUGGUAGUCGACACGAGAGUGGAGGAGGAGCUCUGUCAAGCGGACUGUCAGACCGUGGCGGACUUGGAAAAUUCAGUCACUCAGGUCAUAGUGGUAGUGGCCAGGUGAAACGCUCACCCUCCUUCUCCACCUCAGCCCCUGCAACACAUGGUCCACCCACCAAGAAGCACAAGAUGGCAUCCUUGAGGGAUGUCUCUCUUGCAGAGGCUGGCAAAUAUGGCAGCCUUACUGAUUAUGCCUUCUUCGAUAAGGCACGGAAAGCACUAAAGAAUCAAGAUGUAUAUGAGAACUUCCUGCGGUGCCUAGUGCUCUUCAAUCAAGAAAUUGUCUCCAAGUCAGAACUAGUGCAGCUCGUCACUCCAUUCCUAGGAAAGUUUCCUGAACUGUUUCGCUGGUUCAAGGAUUUCCUGGGACACAAUGAAGGCAGUGGGGGAGCAGCAACAUCUGUUGCUGGCCCUCAAGGCCCUGGAGCAACUGGAGUGGAAGCCAUUUCUAACAAUAUGGCUAGGCAGGACAGACCUGUGGGUGAUCUUGCCAUGGAGAUUGACUACACAACAUGCAAGAGGUUAGGUGCAAGUUACUGUGCAUUACCGAAGAGUUAUGUCCAGCCGAAGUGCUCAGGGCGCACCACCCUUUGCAAAGAGGUCCUCAAUGACACAUGGGUCUCAUUCCCUACCUGGUCAGAAGAUUCCACCUUUGUAACUUCCCGAAAAACUCAGUAUGAGGAAUACAUUUACCGCUGUGAGGAUGAGAGGUUUGAGUUGGACGUGGUUAUAGAGACUAACGCAGCCACAAUUCGUGUCCUAGAGGGAGUGCAGAAGAAACUCUCAAGGUUGUCUCCUGAAGAAGUGGCAAAGUUUCGUCUUGAUGACUGUUUGGGUGGAUGUUCACCAACCAUCCACCAACGGGCAUUACGCAGGAUAUAUGGCGAUAAAGCACAGGAUAUCAUUGAUGGAUUGAAGAAGAAUCCAGUUGUAGCUGUUCCUGUUGUGUUGAGGAGGCUCAAAGCCAAGGAGGAGGAGUGGAGGGAGGCACAGAAGGGUUUUAACAAGAUAUGGCGGGAGCAGAAUGAGAAAUACUAUCUCAAGUCCCUUGACCACCAGGGCAUCAACUUCAAGCAGAAUGAUGUGAAGGCUCUCCGUUCCAAGUCUCUCUUCAAUGAAAUAGAAACAUUGUAUGAUGAGAGACAUGAACAGGCAGAAGAAGGGUCUGGAGAAGUAGUAUCAGGACCGCAUUUAAUUCUCCCUUAUAAGGACAAGACUGUACUUGACGAUGCGGCAAAUCUGCUUAUCCAUCAUGUAAAGCGUCAAACAGGGAUCCACAAAGAAGAUAAGCAACGUAUCAAGCAGCUGCUCCGUCAGUUUGUCCCAGAUCUAUUCUUCCAUCCUCGCCAGGAACUGAGUGAGGAUGAGCGUGAAGAGGAAGAUGAGAAGGAAGAUAUUGACAUGGAGGGAUGCCCCACCACCAGCAACAACAAUCCAAAUGGUUCAGCAUCUGUCACGGCAUCCACUGGUAAUCCUGCCAAUGGAAAUUCUUCUGGAGGAAUAGCAGUAGGUGGUGGGAAAGGUCGAAAAGGUGACAUGGCAGUCAAAAAAGAACCUGAUGCUGGGGGAGGGAUUGGUGCAGAUGGAGAGAGCAAGGGUGGCGAUGUGGACAUCAAGCUACCACUCCAUGCAGUUGCCACACAUCCAGAUGAAUGUUACACCUUGAUGUUUGGCAACAACCACUGGUAUCUGUUUCUGCGCCUGCACCAAAUACUUUGUGAACGGCUCACUCGUAUGUAUGAGCGAGCUGUUGCUCUAGCUGCUGAAGAGGCCAAGCUGCGACAGGGACGCAAGGAAUCCACAGCUGUUGCUCUGCGGCUCAAGCCCAAGAGUGAAAUUGAAGUGGAGGACUACUAUCCUGCUUUCCUGGACAUGGUGAAAAAUGUUCUGGAUGGCAACAUGGACAGCAAUGCAUAUGAAGAUACAUUGCGUGAAAUGUUUGGGAUCCAUGCCUACAUAGCUUUCACACUGGACAAGGUCGUCACAUAUGCAGUUAGACAGUUGCAGUAUCUUGUAUCGGAUGAGUCCUGUCAGGAGUGCAUGGAGUUACUGCAGCAGGAACAGCGCCGUGGUGGUGCAGGUGGCCUGUGCGGUACGGCACACCAGAGGGCAGGUGCUGAGCUGGCAUACCAGCGGCGUGCAGAGCAGGCCUUGGCAGACGAGAACUGUUUCAAGAUUUAUGUGUACAAGCAUGACUGCAAGCUGACAUUGGAGUUGCUGGACACAGAGAUGGAGGAACCUGAACCAGUAGCUGAAACGGAGAAGUGGUCAUCAUACGUUGAACGCUUUGCCAAUAGUGGGGUUGAUGGUGUAGCAGGCUCAAACAACAGUGCUGUGGCUGCUGAGGGAACUGAACAUCCAGAUCAUCGCAUGGAAACAUCUGCUGAUGAAACAGAUGAGCUGGAACCAUUCCUUGGAGGGAGGCGGCGUCGUAAGCCAGUGUUCCUUCUUCGGAAUGUGAGGCUGUGGCGUAAGUACUCGUGCCAGAUAAGACAACCACCAGACAAGCAAGGAAUUGAAAAGACAGGUCGAGGCAAGCAACAGGAAUCUGGGGCUGAGGUUGCAGAAACCAUGAGUCAGAGUGACAUGGUUGUGGAAACUGCAGGUUCACCAAGCAAGCAGCAGGACUGCAAAGCAAAAUCCAGCUCUGAGGAUGAAAGAACAAGUGAAGUUGGAGUGGGCGAGGAGCAUGCCUCAAAGUGUCGACUAAAUAAUGUCGCUGGCAGUGGAAUGGCAAUAGUUGCAGCAGACAACACGCAAUGUCGUUUCAAUAUCAAUGCAUACCGCAUGGUGUUUGUGGUGAAUAAGGAGAACCUUUUGUACAAACGACAGGCCCUGCAUCGUGCGAGACAGUCUCAUUCAUUGGUAUCUGUGCGGUUGAGCUGCAAGUUCCGUGGCUGGCACGGGAGGUGGGCAUCACAGCAUGUGAGUGAUCCUCAGCAGAAGGCAUGUGUAGACUGGCUGAUGGGGCGUGGUGAGGGUGUUGUGCCCAACAGGACACGAGUGUUGACAGACAAUGAUGUUGCACGGCCUCCAUACAGAUCAUACAAUAGGUACAGGGUGGACAGAUUGGUGACAUCUGCUAGUGGUGGCAGCGAGCCAUGAAGUGAUGACGGCCGGAUGUGUAAUGCCAUAUUGUGCCUAGUCAAAAUGCAGCACAGUGUGUGUGGUGUAGUGAGGUGUGCUGCCCUGUGAAUCUACUUGAAAGCAAUAUGGACUGCGGGUACUGCAGCUAGAUGAAAUAUCAGCCAUAUCAAUGUCUAGAAAGCACAGUGAGCAACUCGAGAACUAAGGCAUAAACCAUUACUCGUAUGUUGUGUGUAUAUUUGUGAAAAAGAAGUGUUUUUAUUAUUUUUUGUACUUAAUUUAAAUAUCGUUGAAAAGACAUUUCAAAUAGUGUCCCUCUAUAAGCUUAAACAUGCCAUUUUAUUGGGCCUUUUAUGCAGAGUAAUAAAUCAUCAGUUACAACUAAUGGUUAGACAGUCUUGAAGACAUUUAUUGUUUUUCAAUAUGAACAGUACUGCUGUGCUGUUCUCAUUUCCUUGUAAUCACCACACACACUGACAGUACAAAAUGAAGCCAUAAUCUUCACUGCAACUCUUCAUGUACAAAUGCAUAAUAAUAGCUCGUGUCUAUCCACAAGCAAAUCUGGUAGAAGCUCUUAACAGAUCAGACAGAACCAGAACCAGAGGCUAGCAUACUUGCUUCAGACAUUUCGUUUCCAUGAUGGUAUUCAGAAUAACUGUAUAAAAUAGGCUGAGUUUCACCUAGUGGUGAUUACAUACACCAACAAGUUAGAAUUUAUUUUAGAACUGUGUAUUAAAGGUGUACAGGCUUCUAUUCCUGUUGUUUUAUUUUUCUCUGCAAAAGGCCAAUAGUGUGGGAACCCUGUGUGAUGCCCAUGACAAUGCAGUUUUCACUCCACUCAGGUGCUAAUUUUUUACUUACCAAAUGGUUAAGGACAUUGGGCAGGAGAAUCAUAUGAUUUUGCUAAAGAAAUUAUUUAUUUUUCUAAUAAAAGUUUCAAGAAAACUUAAAAAAAUAUAAACCAGAAGUAUUUUAUUUAUUGAUGAGAAAACUGCUGUCAGGGUGUGUCUCACGUGUUAGUGUGAUUGCUCAAGUAACUUCAUGUGGACUGCGAACUUCAUUUCGUAUUUUGGAAAUCUGUGGUUUGAUGUUUUCUGACUAAAAUAUCAUCUUCUCAAUCUUCUGUAUUUGCCUAAUAUCAGAAGGCAUACUUUGUUAAUGUCAUCAAUAUUUGGCAUUAACACUUGCUGUUUAUUUAGGAAUGUCAUGUCAAGAAUUAGGUUGUAUUUCAAUGCUGAGAACCUGAAUGGAUAUACACAAGACACCAAUAGAAAUUUGCACCUGAUUUUGAAAGAUUAAUAAAAAGAAAGCAGAGCCCUGUACCUCAUUAAUAAACUAUUUUGGUAAAGAAAUAUAUUGAUUAAAAUGUUAACCUGGUUGCAGUUGUAGGGCUAAUUUAGUAGCAUUUUUUAAUAAAUAUUUUAGUAAAUGUCCUCAUGAUCUUGCUGCCCGCAAGUUGGUAAAAGGUAAAGCUUGCCCCAGGUCUUGACUGCUGAUGUAAGUGAUGGGUGGUUAUUUAUGUCAUUAGUUUCUGCUGAUUUUUUAUAAUCAAAGUUUUCUUUGAAUUCUUCGUUUACUUCCUGUCCUGUUUAGUCACACUGUGGGUUCAAAUAAAUUAUGUAGCUGAUGCAUGAUUACUGAAUUUUUCUUGCAGAUGCUGUUUAUUUCCAUUCAUAGUUAUACAUCUUAUGUUAUUCCGUCUUAUAGUGUGCUCUUGUGUGGUAUAUAUUUUUAUAAAGUUGAUGGUCAGACAUGUAACCUCUUUUUGUGAAAGUAGUUUGCAGGAAUAUAGUUCCCUGCAGACAGGAAAGCUUCCCUUUUUGAACUUGGUCUGAAUGCUUGUUUUGGUGGUGAAGUAUUUGUGCAGUCUAUCUUCUAGAAUUGUUCAUUGCCAUUUGCACUAUUCCAGUGUUAACAUGAUGCAAGCAAUAAAUUAGAUGCAUGCCGUAAUCCAGGCAGACACUGGCUUUUUACUGCAUAUGCCCAGGUAAAAUUCCAAAUGGUCCCUGUAAGAUUUAUGGCAGGCCAAGUACCACUGGACCACAUUUGCUCCGAAGUGUUGUUUCCAGAAAAUCAUCAUUGUACCAGCAAUCCAUAUUUGGCCAUCGCCACCCCUAAAAGCAUGCAGUAGGCUCAGUUUUCACUCAUCUUCCAAUCACAAAGCUGAUAAGUUUCUGCACUGAAGUAAGGAAACUACUCUAAGAGAUCAGAUGUUAAACAUGUUCAGAUUAAUCUCCUUUAGCAUGUGCACGCUUUAUCCACAUUUCUUGUCACUGCUGGAAGCACCUCUUGAACUGAAUUUUUGGAGUUACCACCAACUUCUCUAUUGCAAUUUAUGAUGAUUAUUUGAUGGGUACAAAGGCUCUCCCACAUGUGAAUUACUGUGCUUAGCUAAAAAUUGCCAUACAGGCUGAUCUGAGUGGGAAUGUGCAUUGUCAAAUUUUCUCCAAUUUCACAGGUUUGGAGCCUUCUCAGCAACUAAAUAUAAAUGUUGGAACAUAGUUAUUGUGCAUAAAACUUUCAUAACCAAAGGAACUAAUUAACAUUUUGCUGUAACUGUAUAUCUGGCUUUUCUUUUUUCUGUCAUGGCAAGGAAGGGGCUUUCAGUUAUAUUGUUGAUGCAUAACUUCAGUGUUAUCACCUUAGGCCAAUAUUUUAUUAUCUAUUUUACUUGUUAAGAAGUUUUCACUACUUGCUACACAUAAGCAAGUUACAAGUAACAGACAAGCUAUUUUCUUUGUGCUUCUGUAUUGGCAGUCUUGGAAUGAAAUAGGCACCAUUAAAAAAAUAAUUAAAGUGACUUGAUGCAUGCCAUCAGAAAUUUGUAUCUCUUCAGCCACUUCACAGAUAGUAUUUCUUCUGUCAUAUUGCACAAAAUAACUCGCUUCGGUUACUGAUUCAACAUUUGUUCUGUUUUAAGUGUCCAGAAUGCUCACCACUGUCAACAGACAAUUUAGCCCUCUUUGAAAUUGUGGAACCACUCAGAACCUUGUGUUUAGCUUUUUAUGUCUCCAGAUGCUGUUUACAUCAGUUGAUGAGUUUAAGUUACUGUCUGUCCAGUCUUUGAGAAAUGUAAUGCACAGGUAGUGUUUUGUACUUUUGGACAUUGUUAAAAUUGUUAUUACAGAAAUGUCAACAGCCUGACCAUGAAAUAUUGAGUCACUGAAAUGAGCUGUGUUACAUGAAUUGACAUUGCACACAGAUAUCAGAUCAUCAUUCCAUCCCAUUGUAAUUUAUCUGAGAUAUUAAUUCACUCUCAAGCCUGGUAUGUUUGUCAAUCAAAUCGGUAUUAUCUGUAAAUAUAGUGAAAUCAGUCUGUAAAGGAAGAAAAAGGGACAUUUUUUCUUUUCUAUUCAGGUUUCUCUGUCAUACAGGCACAUACUACUAAAUUAAGGAUUUAUGUGCAGAACAUAUCUCAUAUACAGUACUCUAUUUGUUCAUGAUGCAUAAUUGGGUGAUACAUUUUUAACUUCAUAAUACACAGCGCUUUAGUCUUUCCAGUGUUGCUAUAAAAUGUUCCGCAUGUAAUUUUUUCAUGUAGUGGCAUGGCUGUCAGUAUUUGUGCUCUGCAAAUUAUAUUGCAUAGUUCAGAAUUACUUUUGAUUUCAUAAAACCUGGUGAUCCUUCAUGUUUUGUAAGAGUGUCAUGGUAAAACUUAGGUUGUAUUCCACCUGGCGAUCUUGGAAGGUUCUUCCCCCAUUUUUUCAGUUUUCUUCUUGCAGGCAUGCUGUUUGCAAUGAACUUCCUAUAUCCUGAAAGCAGCUUUAGUUUCAUAGUUAGAAUUAGUGUAAAAAAUUUAUCUGCUCCAACAUUUUCAAAUGUAGCCUGAUUAAAUGAUGUUUCCAUUUACUUCUUUUUCACUCGAUCAUAUCAACUCCACCACCACGUACGGAUUUGGGCUUUCAGCCUUUGCCAAUUCGGAAUUACUUCUAAAUUAUGAAUCAGUUUGCAGUUCAGUGCUCCUUGGAUGGGUGAACAGCCAUCACAAGGCCUUUGCCUAUACAGGGCAGUACAACGCAGGUAGAUGACAGACAUCCAUGCCUCGAGCAGGAUUCAAGCCUGCAAUCCAAGUGACCAAGACCAAUGUCCUAGAUGAUACAAAUGAGAUCAGCCUUCACUUCCAUAGCACAUAGAAAAUUUUACUUUAUGGAAACAUUGCCAAAUCUGUUUGUGGCAACACUUGUUACUUCUAUUAGGCAAGUGACUGCAUCAAGCACAAAAAUAAAGUUGGCAAGUUAGGUGGCAAAAAAUGUGGACUUCACAUAGGCCGGCAGUGAUCACGAGUUCAUGAUAGUUUGUGUCUGCUUUAUGCACUUUAUAAUGACCAUGUAAGCCUUACAUUGGAUGGUUCAGUUCAAGGAUUGCAUGUUACAUUGUCUAAAAACAAUAUUGUUUGUGUUUCAGCCAUUCCUCCAUUACAUGUUAUCCACACUUCUUUGUUAUAUUUGCAGAUGUCCUCAAGUACCUUUCUGUUGUUCUGAAAAUGUGGUUUAGUGACCUUACCAGCCAUAAAGUCAUUGAAGAAAAUUUAAUCUGUCUUUCAUAUAUUUUCCACUCUUCCAUGUCAGAGACUUGAGCUUGGUAACGCAAAGAAAAACCAUCCCAUUUCUUAAUCUGAAAUAUUCUUUGGUUUGUAUCCUAACAUAAUUAAGAUAGUUUGGUAGUCAAGUCUGCUGAAGUUUUGUCACAUACAUUGACUGCUUCACCACAAACAUUUUUAAAACUAUUUAAUGUCUUUUGGAAGCUCUGUAUCCAUACAUUAGAUGCUCAAAAUUCACUAUUCCACAAAGUUUUAGUUACUUAUUUUGUAUAUUUAUACAUAUUUAUAGCCUUUUCAGUUACAAAUUAUUUCCACUCAAUGUCUUGAUCUUCAUUCCAUUGAACCAUUUACCCAUUGGUUUCUGAAUGCUUGACUUAGCUUUUAAAAUGUACACUUCAGUUUUUCAAAACAAAGUUUUGACACUUUAUAACUGUUUGCUUCUCUUAUUUUGCAUGCUUCAGUUAUGCAAUAUUUGUGUGAAGAUAUAACACUACUACCUUUUUUAGACUCCAUGGCUGCAACUAAAUGAAACAGCCUUUUGACUACUGUACCCUCAAGGAAAUUCUAAACUCUUGGCUGUCAGUCAAAUAAGAGCUGACAAUGGUUGAGGCUACAGUUCUAAACAAAAUUAUAUGAAAACAAAAAGUAGACAUAAGGUAAUAUUUUUUGCAAAAUCCUGCUCUUGCUUUCUGUUCCCAAGUUUUUUCUUCAUUACAGGUUAUUUUAUACUGCUUUUUUUUAUGUCCUUGGGAAUGCAUAAGAGAUAGGUUUCUGCUUCAUCCUUUUCCCAUUGAAGACAGGUUUCAAUGUAUUUUCAUUUCUGAAGUACAUAAACACUAAAUUAUCUCUACCCAGAGACCAGUUAUAUAUAUAUACACAUAGGUCAGAGAUGAGUGUUACAGAUCUCAUGAGCAUGAGCAUGGAAGGCUGGAGGAAUGAUGAUGAACAAGGAAAACUGAAGAACUCUGAGAAAAACAUUCCAGUGUUGCCUUGUCUGUCAUGAAUAUCACUUGAAAUAAUUUUGGAUUGAACCUGGGCCUCUGGGGCCAGAAGCCAUUGUCUAGCCGGUUGGGAAUACUUAACUUCUGUAUACUUCAUUCUCCAUAAGCAUUAUUUUUAAAUUAAAGAAACUGCAAUGCCCUGUAUGUGGACUGAAAGUAGAUAAGUUAUGGCUGUAUUGUGAAAUGUUUUACACAUGAAAGCCACUAGGCUUGAAGGCAGCUACUGUGGAGUUCAUUGUUUUGGAUGGGUGUUUUUUUAUCUAAUCGUCUUGUGGUUACAAAUAGAUGGAAUUUGCAGUGGUUAGUUCGAUAGAAAAUUGGCCCAUUUCAUGUGUAGGGUGGACCUAAAUUUCUCACAGUUCACCUUAAUAUAGAAAGGACAAUGUUCCAAUAUCUUUGUACUGAGAACAACCUGCAAUAUUACAUGCUUGCUUUUCUUUGUGGGCUCAUUUUGGUUGGUUUGUCAGAAAUAAAAUUACUUGUCCAUGUUACUUGAGCGCACAUACCAUGUGAGAAUGUAGUCCUGUGAUGCAUUCAUAUAGUACAAAGACAUUUUGUGGAAGACACAAUACAGAGUUUCUGAUUUUCAGAGUAGGUAGAAGACAAAACUUAUAUCUUUAAUAGGAUAUACAAAUAAUUCCUGAUUUGUAAAUAUGUAUAAAAUUUCUUCCCCCAUUCUGUAGAAAUCAUUCCCACCAUUUGGGUGAAGACAUUGAGUCUUUAUAAAAUGUGGUUGCAUUGAAAGCAGAAUAUGUAAGAAAGAAGUAUGACAUUUUCGCAUGAGAUUUAAAACAAAAUUAUGCUUGACAAGUUUUGUAAAUAAUUACAUUGUAUAUUUGUGAUGAGUUCAAUUUAAUAAACAAUUCUCUGUACAGUUUAUGAAUGAAAA